GUAUCAUGGCUGCCGCCAGUGCGCCGCGUCCGGGGACUUGUGGGUGUUACGCUGACUGACAGCUCCGCUACCGCGGACCCGCCCUCUGCCCUCGUCAGCCGAGCCGUGGUCAGGCCCGGGUAGCUCUGCGAGGCGGCGGCCGGAGAGGGAGCCAUGGGGACAGUGCACGCCCGGAGUUUGGAGCCUCUUCCAGCUAAUGGACCUGAUUUUGGAGCAUUAGGAGAAGAGGCUGAGUUUGUUGAAGUUGAACCUGAAGCCAAACAGGAGAUUCUUGAAAACAAAGAUGUGGUUGUUCAACAUGUUCAUUUUGAUGGACUUGGAAGAACUAAAGAUGAUAUCAUCAUAUGUGAAAUUGGAGAUGUUUUUAAGGCGAAAAACCUUAUCGAGGUGAUGCGGAAAUCUCAUGAAGCCCGAGAAAAACUGCUUCGCCUAGGAAUAUUUAGACAAGUGGAUGUUUUGAUUGAUACGUGUCAAGGUACCUGCUGUGGCGUAAUAUCCCUCAUUAUCCCUCCCGUCCAUCCUGCAGGAUCACAGAAGCUGAACAUUGAGAGUAGUGACACAGCUGUACCCAGGCGAAGCUCCGUGUGCAUCCUCCCGAUCCUUAAAAGUUUUGCCGUGGGACAAUGUCGGCGACAAUCCAGUACCGAACGUGAGCCUCACUUGUUUUACCUCGGAGGACCAACCAGUGUGCGUGGGUUCAGCAUGCACAGCGUUGGGCCGCAGAGUGAAGGCGACUACCUGGGUGGAGAGGCGUACUGGGCCGGCGGUCUGCACGUGUACACCCCACUGCCUUUCCGGCCAGGCCAGGGUGGCUUUGGGGAGCUCUUCAGAACACACUUCUUCCUCAACGCGGGGAACCUCUGCAACCUCAACUACGGGGAGGGCCCCAAGGCUCAUAUCCGGAAGCUGGCCGAGUGCAUCCGCUGGUCUUACGGUGCCGGCAUCGUCCUCAGGCUUGGCAACAUCGCCCGGCUGGAACUGAAUUACUGUGUUCCCAUGGGCGUGCAGAAGGGGGACAGGACUUGUGAUGGUGUCCAGUUUGGAGCCGGGAUCAGGUUCCUGUAGCUGACACACGUGCUCCAGAGCCUGCAGGAGGAGCCCUGGGACUCGGGGCCAUGCACCUUCUUGCCGAGUAAACGCGCCGUUCUGUGCAGUCCUCGUGGGAAACCAUGUCAAUAAAUUUUAAAGACAAAUACUCA